UGUGAAAGCAAGAGUCUAUGUAGCUCAACUAAGACGCCUCCUGCGAGAAAGCCAGAGAAGAGCUAGGGGGCGGGGGAAGGAGACGAAAAAAAGGUUUAAAAAAAAAAAAAAAGAAAGAAAGUCUCGGAGAACCUUGCGCUUUGGCAACAAAGAGCGUGGGAGCCGGGGAGCCACCCCGGGAAAAGGCUGUGUGUCUAUUUCCAGCUAAGCCACAGGGCUCGGGCGCCAGUCGAGCCUCUGCUCGCCGCUCGCCCUACUGAAACCGACUUCCAGGAGCGGCUUUUCAAACACACUCCACGCGCCAGGACAGCCCCUGCAGCGGCAAUGUUUCCCGAGCUGUCGCCUCCGUGCCCUCUUUAAAAGCCGCGUUCUCUUCCCCCAAAGACACUUCCCCCUUCCCUUUCAAAAGCUUUAGUUCUGAUUUGUUCCUUUUUUUUUUUAAUUUUAAACAAAACAAAACUAUGUGUUGCUGUUGAAUUUUUUUUUUUAUUGUUUUUGAAAAGCAAACACAAAAGCGGAGCCAAGCCAGCAGCUGCGGACUGGUUCCCUGUCUGGAGUGGAUGAGCCUCUCCAUGAGAGAUCCGGUUAUCCCUGGGACAAGCAUGGCCUAUCAUCCGUUCCUACCUCACCGGGCGCCGGACUUCGCCAUGAGCGCGGUGCUGGGCCACCAGCCGCCUUUCUUCCCCGCGCUAACGCUGCCUCCCAACGGCGCUGCAGCGCUUUCCCUGCCGGGAGCCCUGGCCAAGCCCAUCAUGGAUCAGUUGGUGGGGGCCGCGGAGACCGGCAUUCCUUUCUCAUCCCUGGGACCCCAGGCACAUCUGAGGCCUCUGAAGACCAUGGAACCCGAAGAGGACGUGGAAGACGACCCCAAAGUGCACCUGGAGGCCAAGGAACUUUGGGACCAGUUUCACAAGCGGGGUACAGAGAUGGUCAUUACGAAGUCGGGGAGGAGAAUGUUCCCUCCAUUUAAAGUGAGGUGCUCUGGGCUGGAUAAAAAAGCCAAGUAUAUUUUACUGAUGGACAUUAUAGCUGCUGACGACUGCCGAUACAAAUUUCACAAUUCUCGGUGGAUGGUGGCCGGUAAGGCGGACCCCGAAAUGCCAAAGAGAAUGUACAUACACCCGGACAGCCCCGCCACGGGGGAGCAGUGGAUGUCCAAAGUCGUCACUUUCCACAAACUGAAACUCACCAACAACAUAUCGGAUAAACACGGAUUUACUUUGGCCUUCCCAAGCGAUCACGCAACGUGGCAGGGGAAUUAUAGUUUUGGGACCCAGACCAUACUCAACUCUAUGCAUAAGUACCAGCCCCGGUUCCACAUCGUCAGAGCCAAUGAUAUUUUGAAGCUGCCUUAUAGUACAUUUCGCACAUACCUGUUCCCGGAAACGGAAUUCAUUGCCGUGACUGCCUACCAAAAUGACAAGAUAACUCAGUUAAAAAUAGACAACAAUCCUUUUGCAAAGGGUUUUCGGGACACUGGGAACGGCAGGAGAGAAAAAAGAAAGCAGCUCACCCUGCAGUCCAUGAGGGUGUUUGAUGAGAGACACAAGAAGGAGACUGGGACCUCAGACGAGUCCUCCAGUGAGCAGGCAGCCUUCAACUGCUUCGCCCAGGCCUCCUCUCCAGCCGUGUCCACGGUGGGGACAUCCAACCUCAAAGAUUUGUGUCCCAGCGAAGCUGAAAGUGACGCCGAGGCCGAAAGCAAGGAGGAGCAGGGCCCCGAGGCCUGCGACGCCGCUAAGAUUUCCACCACCACCGCCGAGGAGCCAGGCCGAGACAAGGGCAGCCCGGCCACCAGGGCGCAGCUGUUCCCCGCGGAACCCGGUCGAGCCCGAGACACUGCGCGCCUGGACAAGGCAUCGCCUGAUUCGCGCCACAGCCCGGCCACCAUCUCAUCCAGCACUCGCGUCCCGGGAGCCGACGAGCGCAGGAGCCCCGGACGAGAGGGUCCGGGCGCUGUCAAGGUGGAUGAGGUGCGUCCGCUGCCCGCCAAGGACGCCUUCACGCCACUGUCGGUGCAGACGGACGCCGCCGCGCACCUGGCGCAGGGGCCCCUUCCUGGCUUGGGCUUCGCCCCAGGCCUGGCUGGCCAGCAGUUCUUCAACGGGCAUCCUCUCUUCUUGCACCCGGGCCAGUUCGCCAUGGGCGGCGCCUUCUCCAGCAUGGCUGCGGGCAUGGGGCCCCUGCUGGCCACAGUAUCCGGGGCAUCCACCGGCGUCUCCGGCCUAGAUUCCACAGCCAUGGCCUCUGCUGCCGCAGCGCAGGGACUGUCCGGGGCAUCGGCUGCCACCCUGCCCUUCCACCUUCAACAACAUGUCCUGGCCUCCCAGGGCUUGGCUAUGUCGCCUUUUGGGAGCCUGUUCCCUUACCCCUACACGUACAUGGCUGCAGCAGCUGCGGCCUCCUCAGCGGCCGCCUCCAGCUCCGUGCACCGCCACCCGUUCCUCAACUUGAACAGCAUGCGUCCCCGGCUGCGCUACAGUCCAUAUUCCAUCCCCGUUCCAGUGCCUGACAGCAGCAGCCUGCUGGCCACUGCGUUACCAUCCAUGGCUUCCGCCGCGGGGCCCCUAGACGGCAAGGCAGCCGCCCUGGCGGCCAGCCCGGCCUCCGUGGCCGUGGACUCGGGGUCGGAACUGAACAGCCGCUCCUCCACGCUCUCCUCCAGUUCAGUGUCCUUGUCACCCAAACUCUGCUCAGAGAAGGAGGCGGCUACCAGUGAACUGCAGAGCAUCCAGCGGCUGGUCAGUGGCUUGGAAGCCAAGCCGGACAGGUCCUGCAGCGGGUCCCCUUAAAAACAAAAAACAACAAAACAAACCGCUCCCCCCAAAGGUCUCUCCAUUCCAGUUCGGUCAAAUCUGCCAGUGCACUUUGUUGGAUGUAAAAUAAACCACAGGCUUUCCACGUGGGGGUGAUCCCCACCCUUUCAAUUCUGUCUGGGAAGGAGCACCACGCUCUCUCCAGAGAAUGCGCUGGAGCCCACAGGCCUCGUCUUCUUGGGCCGUGGAAACAGGCUGCAUUGAGACACGGGGGUGGGAUGGGGGGGGGGGCAGACUGGCUUUUGUUUCUAGAGCGACUUCUGUGGAGGCUGGUGUGGAAGUUGGGGCUGAAGAACAAGGUAGCCAGGCCGCCGGCCACAAGAGUGGGUGUUUGAGAGACUACACCCGAAUCUCUUUCUCCCCCCCCCUUUCUUGUGUGUGUGUGAAGUGGAAACAAAAAUAAUUAUUUUCCCUAAACAAACUAACAAACCAACCCCACACUGGGACAAGCGAAGUCCCGUGGAACUGUCUAUGAAGACUGAAAACUCAUUUGCUGAGUACCUUUGCUGGGGAAGGGAGAAGGCCUUGCCCUGGCCUGGUCUAUAUUAAAGGAAUCCCGUGUCUUUUUAAUAUCGUGAAGUUUGAAAGGAGGAUACCGGUUUUUUUUUUUUUUUUUUUUUUUUUUGCAUGUUACAGUUUUCUGGGUUUUAUUUUGGAUGUUUUUUGGCUUUUACGGAAGGAAAAAAACAACAACAAAAUCCCCCAUCAUCCGUCAUCCUCAAGCCCGCUCACAUCGGCAACCCCGAGGAAGUGGGGGAGGGGUGAGAGUAGAGGGAAGUGAUGGGGGCGGGGGUGAAGUCAACGGAGUUUAUUUUACCUAAGCGCUGUAGAGGGGCUUCGUGUGCCUGUCGGACUAUAAGUUCUCUUAACUGUAUAUGCAAUAACAAGGUUUUAAAAGAAAUAAUAAAAGAGGAAAACACGACUAUUGGACAAAGUAUUUAUGUAAUUAUUUGAUAUCUCUUGUAAAUAGGUGGAAUAUGACCGCUCAGAAAGUUAAACUUUAAUUUAUUGACUUGUACAUAAGCUGGAUGUAAAUAGGAGUGUGUCUGUCAGGUUUUAUUCUUGUUUUGCCUUUUGGUUUAAUUCAGGUCAGGAGAUGGCUUAAUUCACACUAACAAGCAUAGGCUUCUGUACCUCCAUCUACUCGCUUUCAAGUAGAGCUGGCUGCAUUUUUUUUUUAAUGUCCAAGAGCUGGUGGAGGGGGAGGUGGGUGGGAUUGGGAAUACUGUUUCCUAUUUUCACCAAAAUUGGGGAGGUAUUGGCCCUUCCAGGCUCCACUUGAAAUUCCCUAAACUCUGGCACCCUGGGAGAGGUUGAGGUUCGUGGGAGCAGAGGCGGCCAUUUAACUGUUCUAAUUUUUCAAAGUCACUGGGCUCUGGCAUCUUCUAAUCCAAGUGAGGUUUUCUUGCUAUUAUUCAUCUUGAUGCUGUUCUGGAUUGGUGUACAGAGAGGUACUCAUUCAAACAACCAUGAAAGGCAAAACAAAAAAGCAAAAACUAAAAAAAAAAAAAAAUCCAUGAAGGCAUAUUUUGUGUUUAGUUCUUGAUGAGUUUUCUGUAAUCCCUCCCCCUCCUUAAAAACAUCAGUGAAAUUUCAAUAAAUUUCUAUUGAAAUGAG